ACUGUUUGUGUGGAAGGAUGGGCCAAAAUCACACCUGAGCAAUGCAUACGACUGGUUUCUCCAUACAGGAGGCGUGUUGUAGCUGUCAUCAACGACAAAGGCUUUUUUGUACAAAGUAAUAAAUAGAUUUCAGUUAAGCCUGUUCAAUACUUUCCCCCUGUGUCAUUCCAUUUUAUUGCUCAAAACUUAAUUCAUGAACUUAUUUGUUUUGCUUUCUAUGUAUGGUUUACUUGGGUUGUUCCCGACAUCUGGUGAAAGUUUCAUGUCAACAGCACUUUUAGAAAUAUAUUUACUGAGAAAACUGGUGACGUGUUUAAUACUUAUUUUACCCGCUGUAUAUAUAAAACUUUUUUGCUACCAUUUCCACUAGAGCGAGCUUUUGUUCUCCUCUCUAGUUUUGUCUCUGAGUGGGUUCAGUCCCAGUGUGGUUUUGUGGCAUAAGUUAUGCUGUGACAGCUGUCCUCUUCUCAUUUUUUCUGUUCACCCACUGAAAGUAACAGCUAAUGAUAUCUCUCCAUUCUUUUGUUUAAGCAUUCGGUUGUGGGGAUGCCUGUCGCUCUCCUAAGUUUCUUUCUGUUGGUGUUGAAUAUAGAGUCUGCAGUCUCUGUCUGUGACAUCAGAGUGCAUACGAUCAAUUUCGGAUGCCAUCUUGAGUGGAAUUGUCUUGAUGCCAACCCUAAAACGACUUACACUGUUUUGAGCAAGCAUGGUACAUCAUGGGUAAAUGUUUCGGGCUGCAUCCAGAUUUUGCAGCAAAGCUGUGAUCUGUCAGAAGUCUUUCCUAACUUAUACACCUACAACUUCAUCAGACUGACAUCUGAGCUUCUCUGGCUGAAUGAAACUCUGUAUUGCACCCCUGUAGAUGACCCUGCUGCCAAAUUCAGCCCGCCCUCAAUAACAAUCUCCAUGGCCAAUGGAAGUCUCUGGGUGGCGGUAAAGUUUCCUUGUGCUCCAUCCAUAAGCUGCACAUUUAAAGGUGAUGAUGAAUAUUAUGAGGAGGAGGAGGAGAUAGGAUGCCCCUGUCUUGUAACUGAUGUUGUUAAAAGUCUCUGGGCAACAGUCACUCUAUACAAUGAACAGAAUCUCUCAGACAAACAGGCACACACCGCUGAAGUGAUGCGUGAAACCCCAUUCAAGGUGGAAUUUGGUUUUCUUACACCAGGGCAAGUGUACUGUGCUGUGGCCAACUUUACAUUUGAGGGUGUGCUGGUCCCUUCUCCCCCGAGCAUCCCGCAGUGUGUUUACAUACCAGCAAAUAACGAAAGCCUUAUCGUCGUGAUUGUGUGUGCUGUUCUCAUCACUCUUGGCUUAGUAUUUCUUCUGGUCUGGAGACAGUGUGCAUCUUCUGAAUAUCCCCUGCCCAGAUCUUUGGCUUUACUUCGAGACAUGGAACUUCAGAAAAAGACUUUUGUUGACUCCAGUGAAGCUGCACCACACAACGAGAGCUCUGAGGGUGACCACGUUUCUGUUGUUUCCUUCUCUGACUUCACACUCACGGACACCCAGUCUUCUUACUACAACACCCAAAGUCUGGCCAACGGCUAUUACACAAGCCCCAUCCUGCAAAAUCCAGACUGCACUGAGGAAUCUGCGCUGUCUGAAGAGUUGAGCACAGAAGUCCAACAUGAUAAGUUCUAUCUGUUAACAUCACAUCCAAUUCUAGAAACAGAGGUGGGAUGUCCAUAUCAGAAUCAUUUACUGUCACCCAGAGACAUCCCUCUGAGCUCGGUGCGAGUUGAACACACUCAACAGGACGAGACAUCAACUGAAGACCCAGAGUGGUCUGAAGAUGUCAUGUGGGGAAAACUGAAUAUGAGACCAAUAGAAGACAUCCAAACAAACUGAAACUACCGAUUUUUUCCCCCAAAAGGUUAAAUAUAACGUUUUUUAGACUCAAGACAGCUUUGUUCUGUGUAUAAUUUUUUGUUUUUUUGGUGCUAUUAAUUUGCAACAAUGUGAUUCUGUCCUUUCACCCACUAACUAUUGUCAUUGCUGUGAAAGGGAAGUUGCAAUGAAAUGGAAGUAGCGACAGAUCUUUUCUUCUAUACUGUGAUGUACUGUACAUCCAAGUGUAACUGCGAAUUGAAAAAAAAGAUAAGCACUUGAUUCUAUUUAGUUGUUGUUUGGAAAUGCAGAUGAACAUGAGCUUGCAGAAGAAGAGACAUUUUCGUUUUCACCUUAAGAUCCAGUUAUGAUAAAUUGAUUUAAAAUUUUAGAUUAUUAUUAUUAUUAUUAUUAUGAUUUUAAAAAAAGUAUGCACAUGCGGAUGAUCUAUUACAUGCCUCUGAAAAAUAGAAAGAGUGAGUUUAAAUUUCAUGCUGUUUAUUAAAUAGUAUUAUAUGAUGUUAUUAUACAUUAUAUAUGUCAUACUGACUAUUAUAUAUCCUCCAUCUUGGUCUGGAUGCCUUAUGUUGGGUAAUAUUGAGUUCAGCAUGUAUUCCCUUUACUUUAGGGGGAAUUGUGUCAUGUCAUGCAUGUGUACAUCAAUGGUCAAAUGUCACUGACCUGAAUCUAGCAGUCAUUAUUAUUACUGCCCUUCAUGGUUUAUUUGGGAUCCCCCCCAUGAGCCAGUGACUCAGAGCACUAUAAAUCCUUAUGCGGUCCCUAUGAGGAGCAGUACUAUUUUCGGGUAACUGUAUGCUUUCUGUAUGGCUUGAUUCAUUGUUUGAAUUUUUUAUUUUUUACUUCUGACUCAGAGUUUCCCUAAUUUGACUCAUUUUCUGUGGACUGUGUCUCAAGUUCACCAAGCUAAGGUGCACAAUUUUUGCUGAUCUUGCCUGUUUUCUGGAACAUUUAUGGAAACGCUCCCAGGAAACAAAUAUAAAUCUAGAUUCUGGAAAGUGUAUUGUAGAUUUGUAUAGAAUUAUACAUGUUUUCUUAUUUCCUCUUUUGAGAGAGUUGUAUUAGGACUUGUAUUCUGUGAGGUCUAAUUGGUUCAGUUGAAUUUUGGUACUGUAUCAGUGAAGGGAAAUUUUGUUGUAGAACAAUAAAUACAGUACGUUUUGAGGGGGAA